GUCAAAUAUCGCUCUCAUUUUUUACUCCCUGGUGUCCCCAUCAAAUCAAAUGAUCACCGACUUCCAAUUUAUAGGAUGCUAACAGCAACGGCUGAUGCGAAGCCGAUCGCUCAGGCAGAGGUCACAAAGGAUACUAAGGAAACGAAGUCUGCAGCGAAUGGUGACGCAAAAGAUUCUGAGAAUCGUGGAGAAAGUGAUGGUGAUGAGAAGGACCCCAAUCUGACUAUGGGGCAGUAUCCAUGUACAGCCGAUGACCACUUUGAGCUACGUCUUAUCGAUGCGGUUGAGAAAAAUCCGUGUAUAUUCAAUAGAUGUCAUCCACUUCAUAAAAUGUCCGACUACAAAAGUCACGUGUGGAACCAAGUUGCACAGCAGCUGUCAUUUUCAGGGCCAGGAGUUGAGUUGGAACGAAAGUGGCGCCAUAUGCGCGAUCGUUAUGUUCGACUUCGAAAAAUUGAUAAAACUAGUACUCCUCUCAAGAAGGGAGACAAAUGGUACUACUACUACAAGAAAAUGUCGUUCCUGGAUCCCUACAUCGAACAUAGAAAUAGGAGGAAGAGAGGUGAUCUAAUGGCAAGUUUGAUGAAACUGGGAGGAAAUGCCGAAGGUUUGUAUGAUCAUCAAAUAACCGAGAGAAAUGACGAAGAAGAAGGAAGUGAUUCUGCCGAGGGUGAAAUUGAGGACAGAUGCGAUCCGCUGAAAGAAUUCUAUGCAACAUUUGCAGAACAAAGCAUGGCUAUGCCUUUACCAGUAGAUGUUGAGCAUUUCGAUAAACAAUCACAGUCUUCGAGUUCGGGUGCGAAGAAGAGAAAGUUGGAUGAGAAUCACGAGGAUGACCUUGGCGAAACCGAGGUUUCGCUUUUUGUGCGUUCGAUCGAAAAAUCGCUUACCAGCAUGGAUGCACGUACAUUCGCAUUAGCUCGAUUGGAAAUAUCACGGGUUUUGUUCGACUGUCAGUAUGGUGAACCGAAGACUGUCUGAUGAAAUGAUCUCAUUUGAAAGUAUUGUGAUCUCACGUGUUUAUUUAGCGCUUUAUAGUCCACUAGUAUUUGACCUCUUGCCUAAUCUCUAGCUCUGUGUAGUAUCCCGUAGUUGUGUUGUACCGGUUCGGUAAGAACAUUUGUUUACUUUUCAGGUGACUUUGCUUUGUAACUUUUGUCCCGAGUUAUCAGGAAAUGGUUUUAGACCAUGACAACAACGAUGUAGAUCUAGUUUGCUUUCUACGGUUUUAUUCUCUCAUAUAAGUCGUGUCCAGUCUCUAGUCUCUGAUGUUACUCCAAAUACUGAUAAAUCUAGUUUGGUUAC